AUGAAGGCCAAUCGAAUAUGGUGUUUUUUUGCGUGGCGUAUGGUUGUGCGGGCCUCAUUUCUGAAAGAGAUGGACAGCAUUUUCGUUUCUGCUAUCCGACAGAAUGUACAGCAUACUCAUUCUGCCCUUCUCGCCAAACUGAAGGAACCCCCAGAUCCAGAUGAUGAGAACUCUUGGCUUUGUCGAAUAUCAAAAAAAUAUGACGCAUGCGGUAGCAGGGAAUAUUCCGAUAAGGGCCUCAAAUGGACGUUCUGUCCCGAGGAUUUUUGCUGUAGCAAGACGGCAUGUUUUUACGGUUCAUGUGGGAGUUGGUGCCACGACAACUGGGCUCUGUGCAGCUCAUCUAUAAUCUACCACGACGAGUACAGUUACGGGAAAUGCAACUGUAAACGGUUUCAAGAAAACUGUGAUGUGAAUGCAAUUUGUGUGCAUGCGAACAGAGAGGAUGGCGGUGCGUAUUGUCAGUGCAAGGAAGGAUAUUGGGGUGAUGGUAAAUCGUGCAAGAUUGACUUCUGCCAACUGCAGCCGUGUGGUGCAGGGACCUGCACCAGGACGGAUGAAGGAUACAAGUGUGAUUGCCCAGAAACUCACAAGCUUAUUGUCGUUGAAGACAAAGAGACGUGCAAGGCAAAACCGGACUUUUGCGCGGAAGAGCCUUGCGGACCACCCUCUAUGGUUGAAAAUUGCGUGAACACCGAUGACAGCUACGAAUGUGUUUGCAAACAGGGGUAUGAAGUGAGGAACGGCCGGUGCGAAGAAAUUGACUUAUGCGCGGACAAGCCAUGUGGGCCAGAUGAGGGUGUGCAUGAGUGUGUAACAGAGAGGCAACCGAAAUUAAGGUACAGAUGCACGUGCAAGGCAGGAUUCGAUUUGACCACCUUGCCUGAUGGUGUUUCCCAGAAGUGCCUGAAGAACUUUUGUUACGAGGAGCCCUGCGGCACCCGGGACCUAGUUGAAAGCUGUAAGUCAAAGGCAUAUGGAUACUCGUGUUUGUGUGCGGCAGGUGCCAUGGUUCAAGUGAUUAACGGAAAAGAAAAGUGCAUCAAGGCGGACUUGUGCCGCAAUGAUCCGUGUGGUCCAGAGACAGCAGUGAUUCAAUGUUACUCUCAUGGCACCAGCUAUAGGUGUUUGUGCAAAGCAGGCUACACUGAAGUUUUUGUUAACGGGAAGAGUUCAUGUCAAAAGGGCGACCCCUGCACUCUGAACAUGUGUGGCGGUAACGAAGCGGUCCAGGAGUGCACAACUGAUGGCACGGCGUACGGGUGUACCUGCAAGCCAGGCUAUUCGAUAGCCAUUAAGCAUGGUCAGAAGUUUUGCAACCCUGAAGAGGAGUGUGCUUCUCAUUGUGGCUCGGCAGCUGCAGUGAAAAGCUGUGAAAUACUUGACUCUGGCGGAUACCAGUGUACAUGCAAUCCAGGAUACGUCAUGAGAUACAGCGACUAUGUAAAAGGAUGCGUCGAGGGAAAUCAGUGUUCUCUCAAUCCUUGUGGGGAGCAGGAAGCCGUGCAAAGGUGCAUUCCUGAAGGUGACACGUAUGAUUGCGAGUGCAAUCCGGGGUUCGUCAAAAGAGUCUUGCCGGAUGGGAAUUUCAUUUGCGCCGAUCCAGCGAGCUGUGUAGGGAAUCCCUGUGGUAGCUCAGAUGCGGUCGAUGCGUGCAUUGCCGGGACUAGCACGUAUACAUGCAGGUGUAAGGACGGAUACACACCUCAGUCAAUUGGGUCAAAGUUGCAGUGUUUACCAGAAAGCACUGAUCAGACAGAUUUCGAUUCCAAACACAAACCAGAGGACAACAAAGGUCGAUAUUCGAAAGGAACAAUUGCAUUGGUGGUUGUGGGGUGUGUAGCCUUGUUGGGUAUUAUAGCCGGAGGAAUUUCUUACGCCAGAAACAGAGGAGGUGAGCGCGAUGAUGAAGACUUGGCACCACCACCUCGUUCCACACGAGAACGGAGGCUCUCAUCAAUGGGCGAAGGUUUUGAGAAUGCCUCAUGGGCAUCUUCUGUAAGUAUGAUUCCUAGUGCACCUGCUCCGCCACCUUCGGGCGGUAUCUGGUCCUAAUUAGCAUAAGCUUUGUACCUGUGCUUCUUUGUUGCCUGAUAGUGGCUGGUUGCAUUGCUGUGUCAGUGUCGAUUAAAGGACACGAUAUAAUAGCCAUGUCAUUUCAGCCAGCACGGGCUCAAAAUGAGUCAUCCGGAUCUUUCCGCAGCUUGUGAUUACACUACCGAUGUACGGCAGGCUCUGAACAAUAUAUUUCCGUUUUGAGCUUCCAUUCCUCUUUGAAGAGCGCGAGGAACAACAAGCGACAUGUGGAGGCACCUGUUCUGAUUAUACAUGGCCAAUUUUGUACCUGCUUGCGCUUCGUAUUUUCACAGAGAAGGGGAACUUACAUGCAUAUGCUGAAGCAUCACACAUUGAGGUAAUGAUGGGAUCUGACGUUGAAGAAGUCGUUGUGGUUGGGGUGCUACAUCGAGUCAACAAAUGUCUAUCAAAAGUUGACACUGUUUUGCGCAACUUUUUCCCUCGAUGAGGAGUUUUUUCCGUGUGUGGGUCGCUCGAACGCUGCGCCACUCCGCUGAGGAACGAAUCGUCUUCAGUCUUGCAACUUUAAAUUUGGUCAUAGAUGCUGCUGUUUUUUCUUGUCACCUUUCUCUUGGGCCCAGACCCACUGAAUAAACCGAUUUAUCUUUGUCGAUAACAUCAACCGACGAUUUGCGAGGGGAAUCAACUGAGGGGAUAUGACUCGGCCGGGUGGUAUGAAACACCGGGCAGCUAGUACAUGGCUGAACUUGUCCAUGUUUUUUCGUUGUGUGAGAGUGGCGGCAAGUGGAAGUUUGAUUUCCAUCCGGAAUGUCGCCGUUGUGAGUGUUCUACGUGGAUAUUGGGAAAGACCUGUGUUGAACGGUAGUUGCUGAUCAACAUCAGCAGAUGGCUACGGCGGAGACUCGCAGCGGCUGUAAAAAAUGCAGCCAGGAAUGGUGGGAAUGAUGUGCUGUGUUUUGCGAUUGCCCUACGAAUGAUUGUAUGCACAGAUAUCUAUAUAUGUAUGUGAGCCUUGAUUGCUACACCGCCCCGUUUUGGGGUCUCUUGGGCGAAAGCAAAGGGAUAUCCUUCCCAUUAUUUUGCAACAUAUGACAAGAGCUAUGGCCUCACCACUGUCGUGCAGUUACCUCUCUACGAUGUCAGUCGAUAUCGUGAGAUGAUGUAAAAAUCGUUGGAAGCGAGGUUGAAUUGCAAGCAAGCAACUUCAACACGCUGGUGGAAAUUUCAGAACUUUUUUCGGGAGGUACGCUCAAAGAGAAAGGAAUUUCGGGAAAUACAAAGGAAAGACGAAAGGAGAGAAAACUCUGUCGCUGGAAGCAUGAUUGUACGAUGCAUUGUCCGACGACACACAGCUGUGUGUCUCGGUAAAGGCGAGGUCGAAGACGUGCGUCAUCAACUGGCAGCGUUGGACGUUUUGCCAGUGGGUGUCAUCUGACAUACAUCUUGUGCAUACCGUGCUUUCUGACAUCAUCCUUUCCCGCAGUACUUGCUGUGCGAGCGCACGGCUUCCUCAGUAAACACGUGGAACGUUCAUUUGC